AUGACUUGUCGACGAUCCACUAGAGCGAAUUUUAUGAGCUGCCGGGCUAAAGGCCCUUCUCUCACGGGUUGCUGCGAUUGGUAUGCCGUCCACUGCAGCUGGUGCCAUCCAAAGCGCAUCGACCAACCCUUCGAAGACCAUCUCCGCACCAUCAACAACAACCCCGACGAACCCUCCAGCGGCCGAACCGGUCUGCACUACAGCCGCUGCCAGAAUCACCACCGGCCCAAGUUCAUCUGCCCGCGGCCCACGUGCCGGCGCUCGGUCAAGCCCUUCUACGACCCGGACCGCUUCCGCUACCGGCUCGACGAGUACGGCCUGUGGGAAGCGGAGCCGCGGCCCGAAGCCAACCCGCUCUACGCGCAGAGCGUGCGCAACGCGCGCUUGAUCGACAGGUGCAAGAAGAAGGGAGAGACGUUGCGCCGCCGUCGAGAGGAGCUGGAGAAGAGGAUGGAUCGCGUUGUUCCUGGUGGGCAUGUAGCCGUCGUGCCGCACUUACCGCUGAGGAAUGAUGAGGGGUGGGGCGAUUUGAGCGUGGAGGAGAGGGAGGAGUUUGCGUUGUUGGAGCCCGAGGUGUGGCGGGUCAGGGUGGUGGGGACGCAGAAUGGAGAGCAUUUGAAGCGCUGUCCGUCGUGUGCGGGGGAGGUGCUGAGGGUGGGAUCGACGUUUAGGAUUCCGGGGAAGCGGGAUGAGAAGGGGUGGAAGGAGGUGGAGAGGAUGAUCGGGGAGGGCGUGGAUAUGGUGGCGAGGUUUUCGUAUUGCUGGACGCAAGAGGCGUAUGCGAAGGCGCUGGAGGAAUUGAAGGAGGUGGAAGCGGAGAGGCAUAUGGAGAGGAUUGACGAAUGA